GUUCAAACACACACACACCACAUUUUGAGUGGUGUUUAAAUGCACAUAUAAGAUUUGAAUGUGUGUUAGAUUUACAAAAGAACCCUCAAACGCAUUGGAGAAGGAGAGGAGUAUAAAGAUGGCUGAAAGUGAGCAUGUAGUGCUUGAAAUCCCCUGUAAUCGACCGGACGACCACAUUUGUAGCGAGGCCAUGGAGUGGGUUAUAUGCCUUACAGGCCAGGGGAUCGCCAAAAGCUAUGAACGCGAAGGACGUAUGGAGAAAGUACCACCUUUACUCUUAAAAAGCGAGAAAGGUCGUAGAAACAGUGAGUGCUACGAGCCUGCAGUUGUGUCAAUUGGCCCAUAUCACCAUAACCGACCUGCCCUUGCUCGAGCCGAGAAGUACAAACUCAUAACACUAGAACAGUAUUGUUUGAGAACUAAAGAAACUAUUAAAACCUUAUACAACACGGUGUUUGAGGUGGUACACGAUGCUAGAAAGUGUUAUAUCGAUGGUUCUACUGACGCUUACAGCGAUCACGAGUUUAAUCAAAUGAUGUUACGUGAUGCUUGUUUUAUUUUGCUGUACAUUGAACUCAUGCCAUGUGCACACACUAACGUAUUCUUAAAUAACGAGUACUUGGGCGCAAUAGGGUUUGCGAACAUAAAGCGUGAUCUUUUGUUGCUAGAGAACCAGAUCCCCUUUGUAGUACUCGAAGUUUUGUUGAAGUUGAGGUUCCCUCGUGAUAAAGGCGAAGAAGUCCUAAACAAAUUCUUUAACUACUUAAACUAUGGGGAGGUGAUGAUGAAGAAGGAUAAAAAGGUGCUGGAAUACAAGCGGCCGCUUCAUCUUCUGGAGCUUUACAGGUCUUAUUUCAUCUCACUUCCGACUCAAUAUAAGACACAUGAAAAUUUUAAUUAUGUAAAACAAAAUCGAGCGUUUGCUUCAGUAACGGAGCUCAAAGCUAGAUGGAUUUUCUUGAGAUGUACCUCAGAUGAGUCUACUAGUGACAUGGAAUUUAACUCGUAUUGUUGCUAUGGUGAGUUUAUGCUUGCACCUAGAGCGGUGUGCCCGUAUACCAAAGCUAUAUACCUGAACAUGAUUGCGUAUGAGAUGUGCCCACAUACCCCAAAUGACUUGCGGAUUUCGACUUAUAUUCGAGUAAUGAAAUCGUUAAUCCUUCAACGAGCUGAUGUGAAGGAGCUGCUUCGUAAUAAUAUAUUGCUUCAUAGUCUUGGUAGUGAUGAAGAAGUGGUGAAGAUGUAUGAUGAGUUUGAAGUCCCGGCAGUUAACUAUUACAUGUUUAAUCAGCUUCGGCUAGGCAUAGAAAAGCUGAACGAGAGAAAAUAUAAGACGUGGGUGGCGGAGCUGAUUACCGACUACUUUGGCAGUCCAUGGAAGGCAUUGGGUUCGUUGGUGGCUACAGCUAUUCUGGUCACUAGUUUUGUGCAGACUUACUGCGCCCUCAAGCCACGGGAUUGAUGAUCACUCCAACGCCUGUUCAAGAUGUUAUCUUUUAUUUAUUCGAAUUUCUUUUUGUCUACUUUGUUCGUCGUUUUAUUGUGUUAUCUAAUCUCCUGGUAUGUAGGAAUUAGAAGUCUUAUAAAGUUUUGGAAUUGAAUUAUUAAAACAGUGAUUGAACUUCAAUUCCAGAACCAUUGCAUAUUGAAGCUUUUGUGAACGUAUAUAUU